GGCUGUGCGGGGCUGCUGCUGCCCCGCUGCUCUGACAGCGCGGCGGGAGGGAGCGCCGAGCCCCCCCCCCCGGCCCCCGCCUUUUUUCUUUUCAUUUUCUUUUUGCCUUUCCCUUCAGGUUUGCUGGUUUCUCCCCUUCCUCCCGCGGUGCCUGCGGGAGAGGCGCUCCCGCCGCCCCGAGGCACCGCGGCGUAGCGGCCGCGUGCAUGAGAGCGGCGCGGCUGCCGCCGGCUCUGCCUUCCCGCCGAGGCUCCGCAGCCGCUGGGAGGGAGGCGAGGCGAGGCAGGGGCGCCGCAGCCCGGCCCGCCCCGGGCAGCCCCCUCGCCGCGCCCAGAGCCCCCCCCCCGGCAGGGGAUGCUCCCGUUGCCGCCGGCUGCCGCAGCCCCGCCGGCCUGAGCCUCCGUGCCCGCCCCGCGCCCGGCCCCGAGCGGCGGGUGCCGGGCCGGCGCGGCGCGCUGCGAUGCGGGUCCCCCGCGGCGCCCGGAGCCCCCGCGGCCGCCGAGGCUCGGCUGAGGACCAGCUGCUGUGAGACGGGGGCGUCCCGGUGCCCGCGGCGCUCGAGGGGAUCGAAGCGGCGGGGCGGUGAUGGCGCCAGGCUCCGCCGCGCUGUCCUGAGGGCCCCGCCGGGGAGACCCCGGCUCUAGGGGAUACCCGGCCGCUCCGGAGACUUCGGGGGCGUUUGCGGGUUUUUCAUUUUAUUUUUUUUUUCCCCUUUUUUUUUCUUUUCUUUUUUUCCCUUUUUUCUUCCCCUCUCCCUGCUGUCUUUCGGGGUUUUCUCCUAGCCGCUCGUCCCCUGUAGAAGAGGACCCCUCCGUGCCUGCCCGACGGCUGUCCCCUCGCCCGCCGCCCCUUCCCCUCAGGGCAUGUCCCGGUCCAACAGCGUCAGCCCCCCGGGCUUCGGCGGCCCCGCGCCCUGGGCCGGCACCGAGCAGCACCGCUCGGCCUGGGGUGACGUGGAGGCCCGGGCCAAUGGCUACUCCUACCCGCCGCCCCCCAACAGGUCGUCGGGCAAGAAGGCCUCCCGCAUGUCGAGCAGGUGGAGGAGCGAGGAAGACUAUGAGCCCCAGACGAACCGGAGCCGCGGGGACGGCGGCUGCAGGAUGAUGAGCUUUAGGUCCAAAUCUGCCUGGCAGGAGCAGGGUGACGACAGCCGACGUCACCGGUCCCGCCACCCACCCAGCGGUGAUUCCCCUGCUGCCCCCAACAAUGCCAGCCCCCGGCAGCUGGGGGAGCAGGGGGAGGUGCGGCCCCGCUCCGUGGAGCUGGGGCUGGAGGAGAAACGCGUCAAGGCCAAGACUGAGCUGGAGGACGAGGACGGGGACAGGGACGAGGGGGACUCUGAGGUGGCCUUCUCCAUGGGCAGCUGUUGCAGCAGCCUGCUGCAGAUCUUCAGGUCCAAGAAGUUCCAGUCGGAGAAACUGGAGCGCCUCUAUCAGCGCUACUUCUUCCGGCUCAACCAAAGCAGCCUCACCAUGCUCAUGGCCGUGCUGGUGUUGGUCUGCAUGGUCAUGCUGAUCUUCCAUGCUGCACAUGGCCACUAUGAGGUAUCCUAUGUUGUGGUGCUCUCCAUGGCCAUCCUGCUAAUGGUGGUGCUGUGCAUGGUGUGCAACCGCAACGACUUCCACCAGGACCAUAUGUGGUUGGCGUGCUACUCGGUCAUCCUGGUGAUCUUGGCAGUGCAAGUGGUAGGGGUUCUGCUGGUGUGGCCCAGGAGUGCCUCGGAGGGCAUCUGGUGGACCGUCUUCUUUAUCUACAGCAUCUACACGCUGCUGCCGGUGCGGAUGAGGGCCGCGGUCAUCAGCGGGGUGGUGCUCUCUGCCAUCCACCUGGCUGUCUCCCUCAAGAUCAACGCGGAGGAUAAGUUCCUCCUGAAGCAGCUGGUCUCCAACGUUCUCAUCUUCUCCUGCACAAACAUUGUAGGCGUGUGUACCCACUACCCAGCAGAGGUGUCCCAAAGACAGGCUUUCCAGGAGACCAGGGAAUGCAUACAAGCCAGGCUGCAUUCUCAAAGGGAAAACCAGCAGCAGGAGCGUCUCCUGCUCUCUGUACUUCCUCGACAUGUUGCCAUGGAGAUGAAAGCUGACAUUAAUGCCAAACAGGAAGAUAUGAUGUUUCAUAAGAUCUACAUCCAGAAGCAUGACAAUGUCAGCAUCCUCUUUGCAGACAUAGAGGGUUUCACAAGUCUGGCCUCCCAGUGCACUGCUCAGGAGCUGGUCAUGACGCUGAACGAGCUCUUUGCCAGAUUUGAUAAGCUAGCAGCUGAGAACCACUGUUUACGUAUCAAGAUUCUGGGUGAUUGCUAUUACUGUGUAUCUGGGUUGCCAGAAGCAAGAGCUGACCAUGCACACUGCUGUGUUGAAAUGGGAAUGGAUAUGAUAGAGGCCAUCUCACUAGUCCGGGAGGUGACAGGAGUUAAUGUCAACAUGAGGGUUGGAAUCCACAGCGGGAGAGUUCACUGCGGGGUCUUGGGCCUCAGGAAGUGGCAGUUUGAUGUGUGGUCCAAUGAUGUGACCUUAGCCAACCACAUGGAAGCGGGGGGCAAAGCUGGGCGCAUCCACAUAACAAAAGCAACCCUGAACUAUCUCAAUGGAGACUAUGAGGUGGAGCUGGGCUUUGGAGGGGAACGCAACGCUUAUCUGAAAGAGCACAGCAUUGAGACCUUCUUGAUUGUACGGUGCAGCCAGAAACGGAAAGAUGAGAAAGCCACAAUAGCCAAGAUGAAUCGUCAGCGCGCUAAUUCCAUCAGCCAUAACCCGCCGCACUGGGGUGUUGACCGGCCCUUUUAUAACCACCUUGGAGCUCACCAGGUCUCCAAGGAGAUGAAAAGAAUGGGUUUUGAGGACCCCAAGGACAAGAAUACACAGGAAAGUAUGAACCCAGAAGAUGAAGUGGAUGAGUUUCUGGGCCGUGCCAUCGAUGCCAGAAGUAUUGAUCGGUUACGCUCUGAGCAUGUGCGCAAGUUCCUCCUAACAUUCAGGGAGCCUGACUUGGAGAAAAAGUAUUCCAAGCAGGUGGAUGACAGGUUUGGAGCCUACGUGGCUUGUGCCUCCCUAGUCUUCCUCUUCAUCUGCUUUGUUCAAAUCAUAAUUGUGCCACACUCUACAUUUAUGCUGGGUUUUUACCUGACCUGUUUCCUGAUCCUGACCACAGUGGUGUUUGUUUCAGUCAUUUACUCCUGUGUAAAGCUUUUCCCAGCUCCACUCCAGACUCUUUCUAAGAAGAUUGUACAGUCCAGGACCAAUAGUACCUUAGUUGGAGUCUUUGCCAUUAUCCUGGUUUUUCUGUCUGCCUUUGUCAACAUGUUCAUGUGCAGCACUGUGGAUCUUGCCAGCUGCAUGGCUGCAGAAUACAACAUCACUCCUGACCAGGUGGACAUAUGCCUUAUCAGCAACCUGACUUCCAACUACAGCCUGGGCACCCUGCAGGGAUUCUGUGACAGUCCUUCGCCCAACUGCAACUUUCCAGAGUACUUUACCUACAGUGUCUUACUGAGUCUCCUGGCCUGCUCUGUGUUCCUGCAGAUCAGCUGUAUUGGAAAACUGAUUCUAAUGUUAAUAAUUGAAUUUAUAUAUGUUCUCAUUGUGGAAGUGCCAGGAGUCAACCUUUUUGACAACGCAGAUCUCCUGGUUACAGCUAACACCUACCUUUUCUUCAGAGGCGGGUUAGCCUUAAAGUGGGAACUGGGGAGCAUGGGUAAGCUGUGUUCCUCCAGGCUGAGACUAACUGGGAAAUUCUGCUCUUUGGUUGGCUGCAGCUCUCCAGUGAUGACACGAGUUGCACUGAAGAUUGUGACCCCUGUCAUCAUCACCGUCUUUGUCCUGGCACUGUAUUUGCAUGCCCAGCAAGUGGAAUCCACUGCACGGCUGGAUUUCCUCUGGAAACUCCAGGCCACUGAAGAGAAAGAAGAAAUGGAGGAGCUGCAGGCCUAUAACAGACGCCUCCUCCACAACAUUUUGCCGAAAGACGUGGCAGCCCAUUUCUUGGCUCAGGAACGACGAAAUGAUGAACUCUAUUACCAGUCCUGUGAGUGUGUGGCUGUCAUGUUCGCCUCCAUAAGCAACUUCUCAGAGUUUUACGUGGAGCUGGAAGCCAACAAUGAAGGGGUGGAGUGUCUGAGGCUGCUCAACGAGAUCAUUGCUGAUUUUGAUGAAAUCAUAAGUGAAGACCAAUUUCGGCAGCUGGAGAAGAUCAAGACCAUUGGCAGUACGUACAUGGCUGCAUCAGGCCUCAACGAUUCCACUUACGACAAGGAAGGGAAGACCCACAUCAAAGCUCUGGCUGAUUUUGCCAUGAGGUUAAUGGACCAAAUGAAAUACAUUAAUGAACAUUCAUUCAACAACUUCCAGAUGAAGAUAGGCCUCAACAUUGGUCCUGUUGUAGCUGGGGUGAUAGGAGCACGCAAACCUCAGUAUGACAUAUGGGGCAACACAGUGAAUGUAGCCAGCCGGAUGGACAGCACUGGUGUGCCUGACAGGAUUCAGGUAACCACAGACAUGUAUCAGGUUUUAGCAGCCAACAACUAUCAGCUGGAAUAUCGAGGGAUCAUUAAGGUCAAAGGCAAAGGAGAAAUGACCACCUACUUUCUAAAUAAAGGGCCUCUGAUCAGUUAGCACCGACUGCAGCAUCCCUCAAAGAUGGAAUUUGCAUUUCCCAAGACUGUGAAUCAGAGAAGUGAAGCAGUGAAGCUGAAAAUGCAGCUCAGCUGAAACAUCACACCGUGACUCUAGAACUGGUAUCAGCAAACUCUUUGGCCACCCAUCCUGAAAGGCAAUCGAAAGAAACCACCUUGGAGUUGCUCCUGGCUGAGUGCUAAAUCGACCAAAGAUGUGUACUACCGAGGUCACAGAUAAGACAUGAAUUUGGGAUUUUUAAAAAGGCUGCUACCACAGGAUGAUAUAAGAAGCUAUUUAAGUAUUUAUUGAUGCAACACACUUACUUGGUUGAAGGAAUGUAUGAUUCACUACAAAGCAUUACUUUGGAAUGGAUUUGCGCUCCCAUGUUUCCAUCCCAUACUGCCAGCUAUUUGAAGUGAACCACUGUGCUUUUAUUAGCUGUUUUGAAUGGGCUUUCAAAAGUGGCACCCACUGUUGCAGCACACAAAAAGGCCUUUUAGAAGGGCACUGGUAAUGUUUUCGUGUGAAAAGACAUUCUAGCCCCAGCCCCCGCUUUUCCCUUCUUCUACCUGGCUAAAUGACUGCUCUUCUGAGUGGGGCUGGCACAGCUGAUGAAGGGGAAGAUCAAGAUAAAGACAGAUGGCUCUACAACCAUAUUUAUUAAGAAGUCUUCUGUGCUCUUCUUUGGUAUCUAUCAGUUUACAUGGGAAAGACUAGCUGUAAACAAGAGACAUUUUGUGGGGGGGAACUCCCCUGAAAUUUGUUGUGGUUUUUUUUUUGUAUUUUUUAUUUUGUAAUAUUGAAAACAUGGAGAUCUAACAGAUAUACCAAAUUCUAUAUUUUGUAAAUUAUAUAUAAAUUAGAAGGCAGGCUGUGGACACCAAGGUGUGGUGGGAGGUGUAUAUAACCCAUCGACUUUUGUGUAAUUUUUUUGUGCAUAAUACUCUGAACACAGACUUGGCAGUUUUCAGAUUAUCAUUAUACAGCCAACAACAAACAGGUGAGUUUCCAGGCUGAAUCAGAUGCAUUUUAAAACAAUAUCCAGAAAAAAUCUACAACCCUGAAGAAGAAGAAAAAAGCAGCCCAGGGUAGUCACCCAGUUGUUCCAUGCAGCUUUCAGGUGGAGGGUGGCAUCCUAACACCUGGAAACAGGACCUUUGAGUUUUAGCCACUGAGAUGGUAUCAGUCCAACAAGUUGUCAAGAGCUCUAAGCCAAUCUUCUAACUACCAGGAGCUUUUAUAAGAAGAGGAAAAAAAAAAAAAAAAAAAAAGCUCAUUUGAACUUUUCUUUUAAAAAAAUCAUCAUUUUUCAUAGAUGGUCUUAGAAUCCUGCUGAUAUGAGAGUUGUCUGAUACUGUAACUGCCAUUUGACAUUACAAGGAACUAUGUCCUGCAGCACUGAGUUGACUUUCCUGUAGUUGGCACUUAUUUAAACUGAGUCACAGAUUUUCAGUUUUCAGGAACUGGGUGAUCUUCAGAAAAGGUUGUGAUGGCAAAUGUGUAUGUGAGGUGGUCGACCUUGGAGUACAGUGCCAUUGAUACUGUGUUGGACACCUUUAGCACUAGUGGGGAGUUUAUGAAUAGGUCACCAUUAUCAUUUAUGUACCUUUUUUAAAUAUGAAAGAAAAAUCCCUUGAUAUUUUAUUAAAAAAAAUAAUUUUAAAAAAAGCUCUAUUUUUUAUAUUCUAUGAAGGGAGAGGUUUUGAUAUGAAAUUUGGCUAGCACUAAAAAUUACUCCAGUCUUUUGACAUUUAUUAAAGUUCUUUUCCACUCUUCUCAGGGCAGAAUUAUUGUAAUAUUAACAGCUUCAUGAUUGCACUAUGGUGGUGGUGAUUUGUAUUUUUCCUACUCAACAAUGAGAAUUAAGUGAAAAUCCAUGGGCCUGUCUUAAUUAAUUUGCUGUAUUGCUAAGCAUGACCCAAGCAUUAAGCCAUUUAAACAUGAGCUUAAAUGGCAUUGCCCCUUUCCUUCCCCCUUCCACUAGGAAACAUCUCAGAAAAGUAUAGUAUAUUGACUUCUGUAAAACUGCCAAGUCUGCCCUUGUACUAUACUUUUGCUCCUUUACAUCUUUCCUGGUUUGCAAAAUACUUCAGUUGCAUCACGCUCUUAUGCCUUUCUCCCCUGCCUCCACCUUCCAUCCCUUUCACCCCCUCACUGAGUUUCAUUACCUUCAUGCCAGCCACUUGAUUUUUAGGUUUGCUUUCUGCUUUACAAGACUCUUCUUACCUUUUGAUUCACCUUAUGAAACUGUGUUGUCAAUGAAAUUUCAAGUCCCCAGUAUCUCUAGCUGUGAUUGUUGACAGUGUGUCAUGAUCAUUUCAAGGGGUAUUCACACACUCUUUACUCUGGAUCUUGCAAAAAUGGAUACAAUUAUGAUUUCCCAUGGAAAUUUAAAUCUAUUUAAGUAAUUUAACUAUAUUAAACACUGUUUCACUGGUAAA